AUGGUCGACCGCCCAAAGAAACCGUCAGCUCUUGCGGCCACUCCCGGUCUUGCACCUCAACCUCAAGUCAACAUCACCCAUUCCAACUCCACCGUAUCUGCCGUUCUCCCUACCGGUGAAUCUGUCGAGAUUCUUCUAUAUGGAGCUACCAUCACAAGCUGGAAAGAUGCUGCUGGAGAUGAGAAGCUAUGGCUCAGUGAAAAGGCUGUGACGGAUGGAACAAAGGCUGUCCGUGGUGGCAUACCGCUAGUCUUUCCAGUCUUUGGCACUGCUCCCGAUCAUGAAGCCACCUCCAAACUACCUCAACAUGGUUUCGCGCGAACAUCAACAUGGGAAUUUCUCGGGAAAUCCACCUCGGAGUCUUCAGAGACGAAGGAUGGAGGCGAUAGCAGCGUGAAGUUAGAUUUUGGCCUUAGUGAUGCCGAAUUGAGCGAGGAGAGCAAGAAGGCUUGGCCAUACUCGUUUGGAUUGAUAUAUAGCGUUACUUUGAGCAAGGACGGCUUGACUACCACUAUGCUAGUCAGAAACGAGGGCGAGACUUCUUGGGACUUUCAGUUGUUGAUGCAUAGUUAUUUGAGGAUAUCGGACAUCUCUGCUGUUUCCGUUACUGGCCUCGAGUCAUCCUCCUACGUUGACAAAGUCGCUUCCCCAAUCAGCACCACCACAUCCCCAGAUGGUCCAGUCAAGAUCACCGGCAAGACGGAUAGAGUUUACACUCCUGCUGGCGGACCAAGCGCACCAGUCGCGAUAUCCGAAGGUGGCAAGAAGAAGUUUAGCAUCGUCAGAGACAACUUGAAUGAAGUCGUUGUUUGGAAUCCAUGGGUCGACGCGAAGAGUAUAGGUGACUUUGCUCCAGCUGAUGGGUACAAGCAAAUGAUCUGCGUGGAGUCUGGUGCGGUCAAGGGUUGGCAAAAGUUGGAAGCUGGCGAGACUUGGGAGGGUGGACAGAUUAUUGGUGUUUAA